AAACCAGUUUUCCUAUCCUCGUGGUUAUCCAACUACCAACACACACUGAAGGAACUCUGCCUCUCGCGAACGGGUGGCGAAAAUUUGGUAGUCACACUCCACAAGUGCACCCGAUAGGACGUGGUCGUUGGUGUCGUUCCACAAACCGCAAGUAAGGUCUCUCGUUCGAUUGCAUUCCCGGUUGGUUGAAAGAAUUGAAAUAAAUACCACAAUUUAGUAAUGGCAUCAUCAGAGGAAGUUUACAUCGUAUCGGCCGCCAGGACCCCCAUCGGCAACUUCCUGGGCACCUUAUCGUCUCUUACGGCUGCCGAACUUGGAGCGGCAACCAUCAAGGAGGUUUUGGCCCGAGCCGGAAUCGAACCUGCCGAUGUGGACGAAGUUAUCCUGGGCCAAUCGCUGACCGCUGGCCAAGGUCAAAACCCGGCCCGGCAGGCCUCCCUCAAAGCUGGAGUACCCAAAGAGGUGCCGGCCUAUCUGAUCAACAUGCUGUGCGGAUCCGGCCUCAAGACCGUUGCCCUAGGUUACCAGGCCAUUCGUGCCGGGGAUGCAAAGAUCAUAGUAGCCGGUGGCCAGGAGAGCAUGUCCAAAUCUCCGCACGUGAUGCACCUGCGAAAUGGAACCAAAAUGGGCGAAGCCAAAAUGGUCGAUACCAUGUUGAACGACGGCCUCACUGAUGCCUUCUACGAUCUGCAUAUGGGUGUGACGGCAGAGAACCUGGCCAAGGAGUUCAGCAUUAGCCGAGAGGAGCAGGAUGCGUUCGCAGCCAAGAGCCAACAGUUGACCGAGGAAUCGCAGAAGAACGGUUACUUCAAGGAGGAAAUUGUUGCCGUGCAGGUUCCGGGAAGGAAGGAGACGAUCACCUUCGACAAGGACGAAUACCCCAAACAUGGCACAACGGCCGAGAGCUUGUCCAAGCUGAAGCCGUGCUUCAUUAAGGACGGAACCGUUACGCCUGGGAAUGCGUCCGGAAUCAACGAUUCAGCGGCGACGGUUUGUUUGGCUUCCGGCGAGGAGGUCAAGAAGCGUGGCCUGAAACCUUUGGCCCGAAUCGUUGCCUACGCCCAAACCGGAAUCUGUCCCAAGACGAUGGGAGCCGGCCCGAUUAGUGCUGUUCAGAAAGUGGUUGAAAAAGCUGGCUGGAAGUUGGAUGAUGUCGAUCUGUUCGAGCUGAACGAGGCCUUCGCAGCGCAAGCCUUGGCCGUUAACAAGGGCCUGGGAGUUAAUGGGGAUAAGGUCAACGUUGGAGGUGGUGCGAUAGCCUUGGGUCACCCUAUUGGAGCGUCAGGCUGCCGUGUUUUGGUAACGCUGUUGUACGCCCUCAAGCGCACUGGAGGAAAGAAAGGUGUGGCUUCGCUUUGCGUGGGCGGUGGAAUGGGCGUUGCGCUAGCCGUUGAAAUGGUUUGAUGAGAGAAAAGCAACAAAAUGGCCUUCCCGUUCGAAGGAUCAACCGUACUAAUACUAUUUAACUACAACUACGAUUACGAUGUAACGAUGGCUAGUAUUUUUCUAUAUUUGCAACAUUUUUUUUGUAUAAGAGCCUUAUUAAGUUUCCUUUCGUUACCUCAAGUGCAAGUGCAAAAGUUAGAAAAUUAGAAGAGCUAACAACCAAUCACUACUACACGAGUUAUGAACAUAAAGUAUUCAAGCCCACAAGAUUUCUACCAAUAGUAUUGUACAUUAGACGUUGAAGGACUCAACCAUUCGACAGCAGCAGCGCAUGGCAUGUGGAAGACAAUAAAACGUGUUUUCUAAAG